UGUGGUAUUCUGCUUUAAGUUAAAGAAAGACCAAUUACUGCCCAUUUGUAUGUAGCAUCUCAAAAAGAAACCCUCAGCAGGUCUCAUCGCUCCCGCUUUGAUUGUUCAGCCUGAAGCUGUUUAACAAGUUUGACUCCAGGGCUGGUUUCUCAGUCCAAACUGCAGUGAAGAGGAGUCGCCUAUUCCUACAUGACACCACUAGAUGGCGGUGUUGCAUGUCAGGUGAGAGGCAGGACCUGAAAGCACUUGGGUGUGUUUGCAGCCACCCCGGAGAAAAGUGGAUGUUGGGAUUUGAGCGUAGUUUCAUGAGCUAGAACCACAGAGGAGGGAACGAUAAUCUAAACAGAGUUGCAUUUAGUGAUGAAAACAUGAGUCUCUCUGUCUCCACCUGUAUCCUUACUGAAGCGCUGCUGGAAAAAAAAGGCAGUCCGCCAAACACAGACUUCUCCCUCCGGUUUUAGACCACUCCCUUCAGCCGCCGACAGAGGGACGUCCUCCACAACGACUGGACCUCCGGAGCUCUGCUCAACGCACCGUCUCAAAUGUUUGGCACGGUGGUAGAUGCCGGGAGUAUUUCCCAGUAUACACUGGACAGAGUUUUGCCUCACUUUGAUGUCCAGACAGAAACAUCCUGAGAAACCUGUGUGACUGCUUGCUGUUGGUCCACCUUGACAACAAGUUUAAUGAGCUGGACCCAGAGAACACCGGUUUCAUCGCAGUGGAGAACUUCACCAGCUUGGUGGAGCACCAUGAGCUGCAGCUGGACCCGUCCAAACUGGACAUGCUGUUAGCCCUGGUCCAGAGCAAUGAAGAGGGACAGGUUUGCUACCAGGAGCUCAUCGAGCUGAUGAGCAGUAAGCGCUCCAGCAGUUUCCGACGAGCCAUCGCCAAUGGCCGCCGCACUCUGCAGAGGGAGAUCCUGCUUGACGAGACGGGGCUGGGUCUGUACAAACGUUUUGUUCGCUAUGUGGCCUACGAGAUCCUGCCCUGUGAGACAGACCGGCGCUGGUACUUUCACCAGAACCGCCUGUGUCCCCCACCUGUCUUCAUUGCCAUCGUCACCAUCGUACAGAUCAUCGUGUUCAUGUGCUAUGGCAUCAUGCUAAACAAGUGGGUGCUGCAGACCUAUCAGCCUGACUUCAUGAAGAGCCCCCUGGUCUACCAUCCCGGCCACCGUGCACAAGUGUGGCGCUUCUUCAGCUACAUGUUCAUGCACGUCGGUUUGGAGCAGCUGGGGUUCAAUGCUUUACUGCAGCUGAUGAUUGGCGUUCCUUUGGAGAUGGUCCAUGGCAUCUUACGAAUAAGUCUGCUUUACAUGGCAGGAGUGCUGGCCGGCUCGCUGACGGUGUCCAUCACCGACAUGCGCGCUCCGGUGGUGGGCGGCUCUGGGGGGGUCUAUGCUCUGUGUUCUGCGCAUCUGGCCAACGUCGUCAUGAACUGGGCCGGGAUGCGUUGUCCGUACAAGCUGCUCCGCAUGAUCCUGGCGCUAGUUUGCAUGAGUUCGGAGGUGGGUCGUGCAGUCUGGCUCCGCUUCUCACCGCCGCUGCCCUCCUCAGGGCCCCAGCCCAGCUUCAUGGCACACCUGUCGGGUGCCGUGGUCGGUAUCAGCAUGGGGCUCCUGAUUCUGCGCAGCUACGAGGAGAGUCUGCAGAAACAGUGCUCCUGGUGGGUCAUCGUGUUCUCCUUCAUCACCUUCCUCCUCUUCGCUAUCUUCUGGAACAUCUUUGCGUAUGAUCUGCUGGGGGUGCAGAUACCACCUGCUCCCUGAUGAAGGCCCCCCUCACUCCCCAUCCCACCCCCCACGGGCCCUCCUGCACAUACACACUGACUCCAACCCUGAUCCAAGCAAAGGUUCCCUUUCGACCAUAGGUAACUUUCCCAUUUCCUCUCAAGUUAGACCCAAAUGAAAUGAUAUGAAAUCAUUCGAAACUAAAAAUCGACCAAGAAUCCUUUUUUACAGAUACUUUGCAAAUCAAAGAAAAUAUGUCUCUUUUAUUAAAGAGGGAUUACAGUAGCAACAAGUACAGGUGAAAGUUCCUCAGAUCCACUUUGAGGAGCAUUAUAUCUUUUUAUAUAUAUGUUGAAAUCUCACCCACAUUACCAGCACUAAACUAGCAUUUACUCUUUAUUUCUGAGGCUCUUUGAAAAGCUGCUUCAUCAGCCGUUUCUUUUGAGUGCAUCUUUCAUACACGUAAAGACCUCGAGUAGUUCAGGGCGCAUGGCUCUGGUGAAAGGGAAGUAAAGGAAGGGGUAGGAGUGUGUAUUGUGUCAGUGACAAUGCUGGCUAAGAAAAAUGUUCUGUCUUUCGUAAAGUUCAGAUAUCCAGAUCGGCUGCAGCAGCCACCCCUUAAAUUGAAGGUUUCAGCGUUUUGCUUAAAGGCACUUGAGCAUAGUCGAUGCCUAAAUCCUCUGGAUAUGCCACAAAUCAGAGCUGCAGGAGGGGAUUUAUUUAUUUCACAGUCCUGCCUUAACCCGCAGGGGUCACUGUGACUUUUUAGCAAAAUUGCUGGCACACUUACACUAAGAAACAACUAAAAAAAAAGGUUGUAGAUGGAAGGACUGUAGAGAGAGUGUAGCAGGAAUAAGAAACCCCUUCUCAGAGCAGUUGCGUGAAGAGGAAAGUUUUACGCGUCAGACAAGUUUUACGUGGAUUCUGUCAUCCUCCAAAGGUUGGAGGCACCACUGUCAUUUUCACUUAAUGGGGUCUUUAAAAAUAAAACAACAUAAUGUUUUUCUAUAUUAUUUUCAUAACAUUAUGCCUACACUGUGGAUACAGAAACAUAGUUCACACAACAUGGACGUGAAGGACGGGAAAGUGACCGUGUGACAGGAGAGGAGAAAGGAAAAAGAGCUUCAUGAGAAAAAUGUUUCCUGGAUGGUCAUCACUAAAGUGAACUCCUCCUGUCGCUGUGUCAAACAAUAACCACCAACUUGCUAGGCGCACCGUGUAAAAUAUGCCAUGUCAUGCUCUGUGGCUCUCGGCGAGACAAGGACACACACACACACACACACUCUCACACACACACUAAUUUCUCCUCUUUGUCUUUGAGAGCAGCCACUGCCUGAUUCUGUAGGUCAACGUGGACAAACUGAAGAGAAGAAACACACACUUAUACACACAUACACACACACACACACACACACACACACACUGGCUUCUGCCUGUUCUCGCUCUGACAGACUGAACUGGGGAGGGCGCGGAUGUGUCAUCACCUGACCUCUGACCUUCGUGUCCCAGAGGGCAUUGGGGUCUCUCUGUCAGGCCCAGUCUAUACCUCAGUUUCUCAUUCUUAGGGACUGUAUACUUUUGUAAAGGAAUGUACCUAUAAAGAAAAAAAAAGUGUUAUUAAGUUGUCCCCGUUUUUCAUUUGAUAGUGGAUGUGUAUAUUGUAUGUGCAUAACCAAGAGUAUAUUUAUUUGUAUUUUUUUUUUCCCCCUCUUUGAAGGGGAAAAGAGAAAAGUUUCAAAUGGUGCAAAAUUAAUGCUAUGAUUGUUGUUCUUCUGAGGCGGAUUCCCCUGGUUUGUUAGAUGACCACCAACGACUCGAGCUCACUUGAUUUUAUAAAUCAUUAGUGCUUUACAAAAUAAGCCAUAGAAAGAACUAAUUCGAGAGCGCAAAAGCAGAGGGGAAAGUGCUUGUUGGUUUAAAACCUGCUAAUUGGUAGCUCCAAUUAAAUGUUUUGUUUUUUUGUUUUUUUGUGUGUGCGUGUGUGGUCACACAUCAUUUCUUCAUUGUGAAUAUAACAGGUGAAAGAAGACAAACUGUGCAAGUACAAGUGACACUCUAGACUGUUUUAUUUUCAUGUAGCUAGACUCAUUUUUACAGCUUGUUCGCCAACUUGUUUAUAGUGGAUGCAGCUUCAUUUUUGCAAGUGCCCACAUCUCCAAACUGUCCCCUGCAGUACGUGGACAGCUCUCGCUCGCUGCAGUUGUUCAUCUUCUUUUUUUUUUUUCUCGCAAAUAACAAAUUACAGACAGGGCUUCUGUCAUACAUUAUCUGCAGAGUGGUUCAAGCUUUUUGGAAAGCCGAGGCGAGGAUAGCAAUUACAUUUACUCAUGCAACGCUCCAUUUUUCAGUCUUUCAAUCAAUAAUUCAUUUGAAUGUCCACUGGCUGCCUGGGAAAUUUUUUUUAAUGCGUUUGCCAAUUUUGAUAGUCGGUCAUAAAUACAGUCCUCAGCGCUCGCUUCCACAUGAAACUGUCAAUGGUAACAGAAGACCCCGUGUUAAAUGAGGGAAUCUGUACGAAAUAGCCAGAAUAAGCCAUUUUCAGAUACAUAAAGAAGGAAAAAAAAGAAAAGAUCAGCCAAUAUGUGAUAGUAAUAGAUCCUUUAUGGAAACUCUUGUGUAUACUACGAAAUAUUAUUGCUUGGGAUAGCAAAGAUACAUUGAUGAAUAAUGCAUACAUACCCCGUUAGCCUAUAAUGAAGAUUAAGUGGAUGCCUGAGAGGAGGCUAAUGUGCCUCUUUAACUUAAGAUUCAUAGGAACCCAUAAGGGUUGUAAAAAGGGCUAGUAAAUGGCUAUGUUUUUGUAGAACACAUUAACUGUGAAUAUUACCCCUCCUGGAAGUACAUGCAGGACUAAAAUCGAAAGCUUGUGAAUUCUUGAUGCCCCUAAAAUUGAACCAAAAAAAUAAAAAUAAAAUAGAUAGUCGCUUGAGUUGUUCUUACAUAGAGCGAAAACAGUGUAAAGUAGACAAUAGCAAGAGAAAACGAGAACAACCAGGUGGAAGGGAAAGUUUUCAGGAGUAGUUUAUUACUUCUCUGUAAGCCAAAUCUCCUGGCCCUGAGCCUGAGCCUACCACAGCACAGCAGCUUCUGAAAAGUCAUCUCUCUGUGUGAUAAAAAGCCUCUCCUGCACUCAGACAGCAGCUCAUCCUGAAGGAGAGGACUGAUAGAGGCCUGAAUCACAUCCUCUGGCUUGACAGCAUGUGACGGUAUGGGGUUUGUGAGGGAUGGUGGGGACGGCAGAGACAACAGACAACAGACAACGCUGAUGCUCUUCACAAAAACCUCAACAGGGCUGUAAAAGCGACAACUUUCCCAUCUUGCCAUGCUCAUAUCAAAACACCCCUCAGUGUCAGGAUGAUGCAUGGCUGUGGCGAUGAUACACCAGAGCCAAAAGCUAGGCCGUAAACAGGAUAUUUUCCUUUAAUAAGUGGAUCUGACAGGCUGCAUGAUGUUAAUUUAAUUGGCGUCUUGGACUGACAUAUUUGUUUUCAGCAGUAUAAGGAAGGCACGGGUGAGGGAUGGUAACAUGCGCUCCAUGACUUUGGGUGAUCCACAUGUUCCCCUUGAUUGGUUUCACUACAGUCAUGAGUCAUGACUGCGAUUAAUAGUGCCAACUUGUUUGAACCCUCGUUGAUGUUACUUCACCUAAAAUAUGUUUGAUUUCUGUGCUUCAAAAACGCAGCUUACUUGACAUUUCUCUGACUGCUGUUUCUUAUUUCCUGUAUUUUGUUAUAAGUAGGCUUUUUUUUUGCACUUAUUAUACUGUAAUUAACUGACAUGUUGGCGUGUGCCAUAUUCUCUACUGCCAUAAACAUUCUUUUCUUUAUUUUUUUUUUGUUUACACCUCCCUAUGCCAAUCCAUUGUGCUGAUAUGCCCAAUGCCUUGUUAUAAUAUAUAAGCCCAAGACUGAGCACAGGGCAGAGAGGCUACUUUGCUCAUGAUCAUACACAGGAUCCACAAGAGAAAGAAGCCACAGUGCAAACAACUGAAGUUGUUAAUAUAUCCAGUAGCUGCUCUGAACUGCUGCUUGCCAACAAGUCAGGCCAGGUUGCCUUUUCUUAGUGUUAAUUGCUACUUAGAUAUAUAUAUACGGUCUCACUGCAGGACUGUGCAGGUAACGCAGGCUACUGUAGCUCCAGAGAUGGAACUGUACAAACAACAACAACCAUUGGAUGUUCACCAGUGCAAACAUGUAGUGUUGAAACCUGAAAUGCUGAUUUUAGGGGUUCAAAAAGUGCAGAUAUUUGGCUUCAUUUUCCAAGUUAUCCUGGAUAUUGAUAUGUUAAAAUGUGUAAAAAAAAAAAA